CAAAAAAGUCUAUAUAAACACGCGUGAUGUGUCAAUAGACGUUAGACAUGAGUUUUAUUGUAUUCCUAACUGUUUGCGUGCUAGCUGUCAGUGCGCUGCCCCUUGAGGAGCAAACGACGCGCAUUCAUGGUGAGAAUGGCUGGUACGUACCACAGGUGGGCGUUGACUCCAAGUGGAUGAGCAUGGAGGAGGCUGAAGGUCUAUUGGAGGCAUAUGAAACCCUCAAUACUAUCGAGAUCACUCAGCGUUUGUCACUGAACGCUGUUGACUUCUACCUGUACACGCAACGUAAUCCGACGAAGGGACAGCUCAUCCAGGCCACCAAGGAAUCCAUUGAUGAAUCCAAUUUUGAUGCCGCCAAUCCGACUAGAUUUACCAUACACGGCUGGAACUCCAAUUACGAGGACGGUGUCAACAGGGGCGUGCGCGAUGCCUGGUUCCUGUCCGGCGACUACAAUAUGAUUGCUGUGGACUGGUCACGUGGUCGCUCGCUGGAGUAUGCCUCCUCCGUGGCAGCGGUGCCGGGAGCGGGCGCGAAAAUUGCUCGCCUAGUGGACUUUUUGGUCAUCGAGUAUGGCAUGUCCUUGGAAACGCUCGAAGUGGUGGGCUUCAGCCUGGGUGCUCAUGUGGCCGGUUUCACCGCCAAGCAGGUGUCCACUGGCAUCGUGCGAAAGGUGGUGGGUCUCGACCCCGCCUCACCCCUGUACAAAUACGAGAAGCCAGAGAAGCGUUUGUCCAGCGACGAUGCCUUUUACGUGGAGACCAUUCAGACAAGUGGUGCCACACUGGGCUUCAGCAAGCCCAUCGGACGCGCUGCAUUCUAUCCGAAUGGCGGUAAAUUCCAGCCAGGCUGUGGAAUCGAUUUAACCGGCACCUGCGCCCAUACACGCGCCGUGUCGUACUACGUCGAAUCACUGCGAUUGAAUAACUUCCCAACCAUCAAGUGCGAAUCCUAUGAACAGGCCCAAAAGAAGGAUUGCGGCAGCACCUACAGCACCGUGAAGAUGGGUAAUAGCGAAAAUGAAUUUUUUGCCGUGGGCGACUUCUAUGUGCCUGUUAACGGGCAAUCGCCAUAUGGAUUGGGAGACUUCAAUAUUGAUGACACAACCACACUGCAGCCCACGACAAUUGUUGAGGAGACAACAACAACUACGGCCAGCGAGGAGACAACGACAACUACUCCCAGGGAGGAGACAACGACAACUACUCCCAGGGAGGAGACAACGACAACUACUCCCAGGGAGGAGACAACGACAACUACUCCCAGGGAGGAGACAACGACAACUACUCCCAGGGAGGAGACAACAACAACUACGCCCAGCGAGGUGACAAACGACAGCUCCAGUGCCGCGACCCCUCCGGGAAUCGUAACGACACCGACACCUGCUCCCGAGGGAGACAAAGACAACGGACGUAAGACGAACAUUUAUAUCCUGAAUUUAAUAUUCGUCAAUGCGACAAUAAACAAGUAAGAGGACUGAUCGAGCCAGGAAUGGGCAGAGGCAAGGUCUUCUAAAUUCAUCAAUAAAGCGAGCAUGAAAUCGAA